AUGCUACUCUUCGACUCCAUCACCUUUUCCCUCUCAAUCCUCUCCACUGUCCCAAUCACACGCGCCGCGUUCUACUAUCCCACACCCGCCAUCUCCUUCCUCGAACACAUCCUCGUCGACAACUGGGGCGCUUAUGCUUCCAAUUUCUCCUCCGCAAUCACCCCUUGCACGAAUUAUGUUUCGCAGACCGGUACUACAGGGCUCAAUAGUGGUCGCACCACCGCUGCCCAAUGGAUGCGCGUCAUGUUCCACGACUUUAUCACCGCGAAUGUGAGUGCGGGCACGGGAGGUAUUGAUGCUAGUAUUGGAUUCGAGACGGCGAGGGAAGAGAAUAAGGGGAUGGCUGAUCUUGUUGCACUCGGUACAGUUAUGUCGAAUAAUCUCUGCGGAGGCGCGCAGAUGCCAUUUCGACCUGGCCGCGUUGAUGCGUUCGAAGCAGGAAAGACUACGGGCGUCCCGGCACCAGAGACGGAUCUAGAAGAGACACUACUUUUCUUCGAGCGCGCAGGGUUCGACAAGGUGGAUGCUAUUGGGCUCACGGCUUGCGGUCACACUAUGGGCAGCGUACACCACGGUGGCUUCCCGGAGGCUGUAGACGAGAGCUUCGUCACGCCCAAUAACACGAAUGGCGGUAGUAACUUCGACACUACACGCGGAGUCUUCGACCCAAACGUCCUCGGCGAAUACUUGAACGGAACGGGAAACAAAGGAGGACCGCUAGUCAUGUCGUAUAACGACACGAUGAAUUCCGAUAAAAGGCUUUACGAGAGCGAUAAGAAUGCGACGAUGCAUGCUCUAUUCGCGCAAGGAAUAGGCUUUCUUGCUACGUGUGCCGAUCUCAUGGGCCGGGCCAUCAACACUGUACCUGCUGGUGUUCAGCUCUCCGAGCCAAUUGCUGUCAUGCCGGUCAAACCUCUGAAUGUGACCUACGACUUCAGGGAUGACGGAAAGUUGAUGCUCUCGGGAAAGAUCAGAAUCCUCACACCGGCAGGCAGCUCAACCCCGCGAUCACUAACUCUUCGCGUGAGCGACAACGAGACAGAACUUGAAUCAGAAGCCGAGACAGGAAGCUCGGCUUUUGGUCGCAGUGGUAGUGAAUACGGAAUUACGACUUACUUCCCGUUCUCGCUUUCCGGACCAGCCAUCCAAAAUGCCACGUCCUUCUCUGUCCAGGCACCUAAUGUACCGGAACAGACUUUUCGGAUCGAUAGCCAGGCAUUCGUCGUUCCAAGCCUGACAGUCCUGAGCGGAACAGCACUUAACGCGACGAUUGCCCUGUGCAGCAAGUUUACGUCGUGUGAAGACUUAACAGUCCACAUUGCCGCGCCAUUAGAACAGCAUGGCACGCUGGCGCCGAAAAUAAAUGGAAUGGAUUUGGUAGUGAGCAAGGCGACAAAGAAAAAGAGAGUAUGUACACUUUGCCGGGGGCAGGUUAUCCUGCAAGAUGUCCCGACUGGACUGGUCACUGUCGAAGCCUUGUUGGACGGCAAAGUCGUAGAUACUCUCCUAGUCAAUGGAGGGCAGGCCGGUUGGUAA